AUGCCGAGGAUGGGAAAGUCGUGGCACGCCCGGCGUGUGUUCCAGCAUGAGAACAAGGAUGCCAUCAAUACCGAAGCGAAAAGGCUUUGUGCCGAAGCCAUUGAAGAGGGACAAAAGAGGCCUAAAGGGGGAGAUCCCACUCAUUUUGAUUUUCGGGAGCGGGUCGUGACUCAAAUGAUGGGAAAACUGAAGAAAAGGGAGAAAGACGUACUGCAGAGGACGGCCGAGGAGUACAACAAGAAGGGAGUUGACCCGGAACUCAAGUCCAAUGAAGCCUCUGCUCUCUCUCUCCUCAAAUUGUUUGCUAGCCCUGUCCUAGAAACAUCCCUCAACAUUUCCAGAGUGUUAUCGAUCCAUGUAUACCAAUCAUGCUCCGGCCUUGCCGGGGCGAUUGGUAUACUCUCAAUGUAA